CCGGCGUUUGCGUCGCGUGCGCUUGCGCACUUACAGUAGUGUUUGGACGGUCGGUGUGGGAGAGGGGCUGAAUGUGGCCUCCGCCGCUAUCGCAACCAUGUACCGCUCCGCCAGCGGCCGCUCGAGCCUGUCGUCGUCCAGCCGGUCCAAGGAGAGCAGCAGCUCGGGCUCCCGCAGCUCCCGCUCCGGCGCCUCCACGUCCGGCUCGACUCGAGGCCGCAGCCCGCGCCGCUCGCGCUCGCCCUCUCCCCGGGGCCGCCGCAGCCGCCGCCGCUCGCCAUCCAGCAGCCGCUCUGCUCGCCGCUCCCCGUCCCCGCGCCGCACGAGUCGGGCGCGCUCCCCGUCCCUGGGCCGCCGGAGCCGCCGCGGGUCCGAGCAGCGGGACUGCAGCCUGAGCCGGAGACGCUCUCCGGGCCGGCGAUCUCGCUCUCCAGGCCGGCGUUCUCACUCUCCGGGCCGACGCUCUCCAAGUCGACACUCUGAAUCCUCAGUGGAACACAGCUUGCGGAUCACAGUUGGCAAUGACCACUAUGGUGCUGACACCCCAGAGCGUAGGAGACUGUCUGAUAGACUUGGCUCACCAGUUGAUAGCCUAAGUGAUGUGGAAAGGGAUGACUUGGCUGAAGGUCCAAUAUUUAGCAGAGGCCUUUUACGUCCUCAAAGCCUUGAGCGAUACUCCUCUCGUGAGGACAGUCCUCCUAGUCCUUUCAAUGCAAGACAGGAUGAGGACUAUCGAAGUAGGGAUAUCUUUCUUCACCAGUCAGACUAUAGCAUGAACUAUGACCAUCUACAGGAUAUAUCAAGAGAACACAACAGGGAUAGUGAAGUACUUAGGAAAUCCUUAUGUCAGUCAGAGGAGAGAGGACGAGAGCCAAAGCGCCCUCGAUAUGACAGAGAGGAUAAACUAUUUGCUGGGAACAUGGAGCAUCAAGGUUUCUUGGCAGGAACACGAAAUUACCGUAAAAGAAGUCUCAGUAGAAGCCCAAGCCCAAGACCAGCAUACCUGGACGAAGACUUCAGGGAGCUUCAAAGUGCUAGGAGGAAAAGAGAAGAAGAGGAGCUGAACCGAAAGUCUAGUCAUGAUCUUCCUGGCAGUGGCUGUGUAAUCCCUGGCUUGACUAAUCCUGUGCAGUCUUCUGAACCUCGUUACCUUUAUAGACCUGAUGAAGCACCAACAAUGCCCAAAAAAUCAAUCCUGAAGAAACGGGUAGAUGAUUCUUCUGUGCAGCCGGAAGUGUUUUCUGGCAGUUCGGCCUCUGUCAAAGAACUCCCUCUUCAUUCACAAACUCCUCCUUUGCCCCAGCGUAGCAACAUUACGCCUUUUUCAUCUGAAGUGGAAAAUUUCCUCAAGCGUUUCAACAAAAAUGCGGUUGCAGAGUCUGCAAACAAGGACUCUCAAGCCAAUGCAAAUGACUGGAGACCAUUUUCUGGCCUACAGCAAAAUACUUUCCCCUCUGAACAGAAUGCUGGGAGUUUUUUAAGACAAAAGGACCAUCAGGAAUCUACAGCAGGGUCUGCAGAUCGGCAAGGCGACUUCCUACUUCCUCAUGAAAGAGCCAGCCAGGAUGGGAGUGGCUUUUCACGUAUUCUGGGGAUGAUGGCAGAUUCUACCAGUGCUCAAGAGAAGAGAAGACGCAGCUUUCCUGAUAUUGAGGAUGAAGAGAAAUUUCUUUACGGUGAUGAUGAUGAUGACUCUAACAUCAACUCACCUACUGAAAACAUAACAAUGAGUGGGAAAGAGCCUGUAAGCCAGAAACUAAGUUCCCCUUCUUCUCCUACUCAGUCUGUAAAACUAGACACUUCAGAAGAGUCCAGACCAGAGUAUGAGAAGAUCCAUGAUUUACUCAAAACUAUUGGUCUUGACAUUGGGGUGGCUGAAAUUGGCAAGCUGGCUGCCCGGACACAGGAACGACUCCAUGGGAAAAAAACAUCACGUUCUCCUGAUCGACAUUUGGCAGUUUCUCAUAAACCAGACUCUAGGGAGAUGCGCCGCAGUCGAAGCAAUACUCAUUCUCCAGAAUCAAACCAGAAGUGCUCUUUGUCACCCUCUGGUUCUUUUCCUUCACCCAAAGAGCUAUCCUCCAUGUCCGAAUUGGAACGCUCUAAAUGCAAAACAGAAGGGCACAAUAAUUCUUCUGGCACACCAGAGCGAUCUGUUCCCCCAGUAUCUCUAAUCCCAUCAGCACCACCUGCUCUUCCUAAUUUACCUCCUGCUCCCACUCCUAUGUCCCAGUAUGCAGUACCACGCUUUCCUCCAUUUACUGCAGCUCAGCUACCCCAAAACUAUCCGACUCCCACAAUGGCCCCUCCUAGUUAUGAUGCUUAUGGACACUAUAUGGCAUAUGCAGCAUCUGGCUGGCCCAUGUAUGCUCCUCCUCAGCAGUCUGAUCCUGCAAUUCCAGAUGUACGUGGGCUUGUCUCGCUGACAGUACCCCCAAAUCCUACACGGCCAAACCUCAGAGUUAUUGAGACAGUUUCCACAGGCAAAGGGGCUCCUGAAAUCAAGAGAGAUGAGUCUGUGCUUGUACAAAUCCCUACCACUUCUACUUAUUCCACAUUCCCCCCUCAUCUAUCUCAGUCUGCUCUCAAAGGUCCAAUGGAAAGAAUGUCUGAUGAAAAAAAUCGGGCUUCCCAGAAACAAAAGGUAAUUGAGGAAAGAGAGAAACUGAAGGUUGAACAGGAAGCACGGCAAAAGAAACUGCACUACCUGAGGACUGAGUUGGAUAGACUUUCUAAACAGCAAGGGGAGAUGUUACGGAAGAAACGUAGGGAGAAAGAUGGUCAUAAAGACCCCCUGCUAGUGGAAGUAAAUCGACUACAAGAGAACAUUAUGAAGGAGAUUGCUCAGCUGCAGAUACAGACUGAGUCAGCAGAGAAGAAGCAAUCUGAGCUUGACAAGGUAGCUCAGAUCCUGGGGAUUAACAUUUUUGAGAAAUCCCGGAAACCAUCUGCAGAAAGUAAAGAUUCUACAGAAAAAAACAAGUCAGAGAAUUCAAGAAGUCAGGAGAAAAUCUCCAGCUCAAACAAGGAAUCAAAACCACCUAAUGACAAGCCCAGGGGUAGAAGUCCCAAGCCUACAGAAUCAUGUUUACAGCCAUCCAAACAGCAACUUCAGUUGGGCAAUAUUUAUGACUAUUAUGACACAGGAAACCAUUGGUGCAAGGAUUGCAAUACCUUCUGUGGGACAAUGUUUGAUUUCUUCACGCACAUGCAUAAUAAGAAACAUAGGCAGACCCUGGAUCCGUACAAUAGACCAUGGGCUUCAAAGACUCAAACUGAAACAAAGCAGGAUCCCAUGAAACACAUUGACAAAAUAGCUCUUCCUGCAAAAGGUUCUGAAUUUCUAAUCCCAGUCACCGGCUAUUACUGCCAGCUUUGCCAUGAAUUUUUUGGUGAUCAGAUAUCUGCAGAACAACAUGUGAAAAGUCAUCCUCAUAAUGAGAAAUAUAAGAAAUAUGUGGAUGAGAAUCCACUCUAUGAAGAAAGGAGGAACCUGGACCGUCAAGCAGGAUUGGCUGUGAUUCAAGAAACAGAACGUCGAUUGAAACGGAAACAGUGUGAAAAACAAAAAGAGGAUAGAGAUGGAAAGAAUGCAAAAGUGGCAAAAAAAGAGGAAUCCAACCCUGCCAAAGAAUUAGGAGAAGAGAGUAGUAAAAAUGAGAUUAGUAAAAGGAAAGAAGAUUCUGAUGGCCAGAAAUUUGGAAUAAAGCUUAAAUUGAAGAAGGAUAACAAAGAGGUUGAGAAAAAGGAAAGUAAGAAAGAGGAAUCCCAAAAAGACUCAAAACAGUCAUCUUUCGGAAAGUUUAGCUGGAGAAAAACUGAGAAAGAGGAUAAAAAUCACGACAAAGACGCAGCUUCCCCUAGGGAAGAGUGUGUUGAAGAAGGCAAAGAUAAAGAAAGCAAAUCGCAGUCUGGAAAAUCAAGCACAAAGCCUAUUGCAAUUAAGCUGUCCGGGAAAACUGUUAUACCCCACACUAGCCCAUGGACACCAGUUGUUACAACUUCAUCACAAGCAAAAAUCAGGCCAAAUUUACCAGUUCCUGUCAUGGUACUCAGGAAGUCUGCAACUACUUCUGUAAGCAAGCCAGCACCAUUAAACACAUUCUUGUCUAUAAAAUCCUCAGGUGCCACCACCAAGCCACUUCCUGUUGUAAAAGAGAGUAAUCCAGAACUUGUUCUACCCCCCGAUAUUAUUUCAAAAGCAUUUGGGGGAGAAGUAGUUGUUUUAAAGGGCUCCCAGGAAAAUGUAAAAAUACCAGAACGGGCAGAGACUCAGGUACAGGAAACUGAAAGUGUGAUGAAGACUGUGGAACAAACAAAGGCUCAAGAACAUGUAAAGGCAAGUAUGGAAAAGGUGCAGGAGCAGGCGAUGCUGGUGGCGAAGGCGCAAGCGAAAGCACGAGAACUUGCAGUUCUAGCAAAAGAACAAGAGGCUGCAAGAGUGCCAAAGAUGCAUGAAGAGCCUCACUUUUUUGAGCGACCACGUCGUCGUCCUCCUCUACUCCCGCUGCCCCCGCGACCACCACUGUCACUACUACCACCACAACCAUCACCACUGGUGUUUCCACGUCCACGACCACCAAAUCAGACACCACUUAUCCUGGCAGAUGACAUGGCUCCAGGUGUAUCUGAGGAUGAUAAAAACAUAUUGGCAAUGCCCAUGUGCCCACGUCCUUUACCUCCGCCAGCUAUUUUUAAAGACCAUAUUAAAAAAAUGGAGAAAAAGAACACUUGCCUGGCUGCGGGUAAUGCUAAAGAUCUUUAUGACAUCUUUUACAAUAACAGUGGGAGAACUCCAGCUGAUAAGCCUGCAAGUUCUGUAGUUUUAGAUAAAGGAAAAUUAAGUCCUGUGGACAAAGAGGGAAGUACAGGCACGUUGGCAGAUUCUAAACCAGACGUCCCUUCUUCUGUACAAGUAACAUUGCAGAAUGUAGAAAGUGUUUUAAAUACUAACAUAAUCUCUGUAUCUGAGGAAAGCCCGGGAACUGAAGUAGUGAAAGCUGAGAAGGUUUCAGCAGCUUCUGAAGAAAACUUUGUAAUUGCAACACGUGUUGAAGAAGAAUCACAGACAAUCCCAUUGUCAGAUUUACAAAAUACAGCAAAACAUAUGGAAACAGCAAAAUCUAAUGAUAUUCCAUUGAGUGCUUCUGUUUCCCUUCAGAAUGAGAUAGAAAUAGGAAUCACUGCUUCAUCAGAACUCAAUAACAAAUCAUCAGAGCUUGGGAGAGUGGAAUUAACUGUACAGACACUGAAUAGUAGUUGCCUUCCUUCUGAUGAAGUUUGCAAGAAACCUUCAGAGUCUGAGAUUGCAGAGUCAGUCAUACAGUUGUCAGAAGAGAACGUUCUUCUCUUGCAAGAUAUUGACAAGAAAUCUACACAGUUUGAGACAUCAGAAUUCAUCUUAUUGUCAGAAAACACUCCUCCUCCAGAAGAAGGUAACAAGAACAUAUCAGAACUUCAGACAGCAGUGUUUAUACCUCCUGAUAAUGAAUUAGCCACCUCAUCAGAAGAUAAAGCUCUUUCUUUGCUAGAAGUUAACAAGAAGCCUGUAGACCUUGUGACUGCACAGUUCACCAUGAAUUUUCCAGAAGGCUGUAUGCCUCCUCUUCAGGAGGAAGUGAACAAGAAUUCAUCAGAGGUUCAGACUGCCAUGAUUAUGCCUUCUGAGAACAAAGCAACCACACCACUGUCAGAAGAUAAAACUCUUUCUUUGCAAGAUGUUAACAAGAAACCUGUACAUCUUGAGACUUCUGAGUUCACCACGAUAUUGCCAAUAAGCAAUACUCCCCUUCUGGAAGAAGUUAGCAGGAAUUCAUCAGGGCUUCAGACAGUGGCUUCUAUAUCUUCUGAUAAUGAGUUAGACACCGUAUCAGAAGAUAAAGCUCUUUCUUUGCAAGAUGUUAGUGAGAAAUCUGUAAACCUGGAGACUGUACAGUUUACCAUGGAUUUUCCAGAAAGCAGUACACCUCUUCAGGAAGAAGUUAGCAAGAAUUCAUCAGAGGUUCAGACUGCAGUGUUUUUGUCUUUUGAUAAUGCAGCAACCACACCAUUGUCAGAAGAUAAAGAUUUUAUUUUGCAAGAUAUGUGCAAGAAACCUAUAGAGUUUGAGACUGCAACAUUGGCUGUGACAUUGCCAGAAAUAAGUACUCCUCCUCUGGAAGUAAUUAGCAAGAAUGCUUCAGAGCUUCAGACAGAAGAGUUUAAAUUUUCUGAUGGGAAGGAAUUAAUUACACAGUUGCCAGAAGACAGUGUUCUUCCUUUAGAACAUGUCAACAAGAAGCCAUCUGAGUUUGAAAAAACAGAACUAGCCAUAACGUUGCCGGGAAGUAAUGGUACACCUUUAGAAGAAGUUUGCAAGAAUACAUUGCAGCUUGAGACAAUUGCACUUAAAACUCUUGAUAAUGAGUUAGCUACACCAUUGGCAGAAAAUGAGACUGACUAUAGUAAGGAAACUCCAGCCAUGAUAGAUGUUGGAGUGACAAAUGACAGGGAUGUCGGUCAGAAGCCACAAGAACAUCAGAAAACAGAGGUUCGAUUUGAGAGUGAUGUGGAGAUGGAAACAGAUGUGGCCAUUUUAGUUGAGGGAGAUGUAGAAAGGAAACACAUUGAAUUAGCAGCAUGCCAGUCUGAAAUUAAUCAGGAAUAUCUGGAGUCUCAGGUACUAAAAAUGCAAGUUGAAACCCACAAAGAAAAGGAACCUGUUCCAACAGAAGAGAAACCAAUAAGUGAUAGCUCUGAACUGAUAGUUUCUCCAUGGGUUUCAGACAUGUGUAUUCACAGUCAUCUGACUUGGGAGCCCAUAGAUACAUCAUCAAAAGUAAAUGAAGAAAAUCCUCAAGUAGCUGAGACAGGCCAGGGUAGUUCUGAAGUAUCAACAGUGGAUUUUAACCUGGGAACUGUGGGGUUUGACAGACUUGAGUCAGCAUUCAUUGCAGAAAGUCCUCCAGUUUCAGUGGCACAGAACAUGAAUCCAGAACUGAAAACCUGCCAUAAAGGUGAAUCAGAUUCUUUUCAUACUAACAGUAAGGAAGAGGGAUUAUUAGCUAACUAUCAACAAAAAGCUGACGAGGACUUUGAUGUAGUUCAUGUCCCUGAAUCAGGAGAGUUACCAGUUGAGUGCCUUGUUAAAGUAACAAUGACAAGCUGCACACAAGAGGAACAUGAAAUUAACCAGCAGUCAUUGAGUUCUGAAACCAAGAAUCUCCAAGUUCAGGAAACUGUAGAUCUGGGCAGCAUCUCUUCAAAUGAUGUAGAACUUAGUUCUGGUGUGGAAUUGAUAUUUGUAAAAGGUGGUACACAGGGGCUUUCUAAAUCUACUGUAGAAUUAACAGAGGAAAGAGAUUCCAUAGAAAAAGAGAACUUUAGCAGGGUUCAACCCACAUCUGUUCAAGAGACAUUAGAUGUUCUCCCAACAGAAUUCAGUGUUGGGCAUCUGGGAGAGGAAGCCCUUUCUUUCACUAGCUUGAACACAGAGGUCUUAAAUACUUCAGCAACUGGUGAUUUGGACUUGCACACUACUUACUCGGAAUUUAGUUUUGAUCAAUCUGCAACCCUUACUCUGAAUUUAAAUGUGGAAAAUGAGAGAGAUUCUCCAAAAACUAGUGAAAUAAAGCCGACUGAUCUUUCCAGACCGAAGCCAUGUCUGGAAUUAGAAGCCAUUGAUUUUAGCUUGGGGGAUAUUGAUGUUGACCGUGAACACCUGGAUAUCCUACCGUCUGAAAUUCUAAAUGAGGAUUCUGUAGUGACCCCCAAGUUAGAAAUUAUGGCGCCAAUUUGUUUAGAGUCCAGCAGAACUAUUGAGUUGGGCAUUAGCCAGCCUGGGGUUGAACCAGAAGUGAUUGAUUUUGCUGCACUUACCUCUGGUGAUCAAGAUGAGAAAGUCCAUUCCUUGGUUUCUGAUAUAGCUGACCCGCACAUGGUAUCUCCUGCACCAAGUGAUGGCACUGCAGAAACAGAGAUGCCACUAUUCAAAAUGCAGUGUAGGCCACCAAUUUCUGAAGCUCUUUUAAAAACGGAUAGUAAAGGCAGCACUUCUGAUAUUCUCUCACUGAGUUGUGGUGACAAAAGUUUACCAAGCCAAGCAGCUGAGUGCACAGAGCCCCAUUUUCCGAAUCCAAAGGAAACCUGUCUAGAAGUGGGUGGCUCAGGUGACAGUGAAUUCUAUGUUGUCAAGAAUGACAUACAGACACAUACAAAGGAGUUAACAAAGACUGAGGAGGUAGAAAGUAAUGAUGGUGUAUGUGAGGUUAACAGUAAGCUGGCUUCAGAAGGAACCGAAAGUCCUGCAGAAAAUCUGGUAAGUUCAGACAAAACUUAGUUCCAGUGCUUCAGUAGCCAUUUCUGGAAUUUUGUAAAUAUUGUUUUAACCUGUUGGACCUUUUGUAUCUCACAAUAGAUAUUAACUAAGGCUUAAACUAUGUUUUGCCUCAACAAAUAGAUUACAUACUAUAUGUAUUGGAUUGUAUAAAAUGCUUUCUUGUUGAUCUGUUAACAUUCAGUUUCUAUUUCUAGGCACUAAAAUUUCACAUUUAUAAUGUGUGCGUGUUUGGGCUCUGGUUCAUUUGGGGUUUGUUUGCUUUUUUGCUGUUUUGUUUGCACUUUUCUUUGACCUUUUCAUGGUUUCUGAUUUACACAGCUUCUGUAAGUAACAUUCCAGUGCAGCACUGACAAGCGCAAGGACAGCUGUUCAGCACUUGAGUGAAGUGGAGACUCUUGCUGUUUAAGUUCUGUUUUGAAAUGUUAUGCAUGUUUUGUUGCAUAAAAUGUAUGAAGAGAGAUUGUUCUGCAUUUUUCCAUGUCUUUUGACUUGUAAUUACAUUGUUGAACUGUUUCUGUAAUCAAGAUUGUAAUACUGUAUUGUAUAAAACCCUCUGUGGAUGCCAUCUCACUGAAUAAAGGAGAAAAAAAAUCUGCCAUCUUUUGGAGAAGAAGACUAUUUGGUAAGGUUGUGGCCUGACACCUGGACUCUGAAUAUUGAGGUCACUUAUAUGAUUUGAAAUAACAUUUGCUUUCAUCGUGUUGUAUACAGUAACUGUUUGUGUUAAAUCAUUUAGCAGUGCUCAACUCAGAAGAAGUAGAAGAUGAACUUUGGAUUCACUUCAUGUACCAGACAUUACAUGCCUGAGUGAUCCCCCUGAGCCACAAAAUACUGUUGUGUGAAGGUUUCCACUUAACACAGUUUGUCAAGAGAAAUGUGUUAAAUGUUUGCUUGGGUAUAUGAAAAGGAUUUUUAUCUGUAAAUUUAAAAUAAACCUAUGAUGAUCAAAGCCA